UCCAUUUCUCUCUCCUCCAUCAUCGUCUUCCCCUCUCUCUCUCUAAAAACUUGAAUUCCUCUCGCCUUUCAUUGCGAAUUCCUCAAAGGCCAAUCUUCAAUUGCCCUAAUUCAUCCCUUUCCCCAUUUGAGGAUUCCUCUGAUCCUCGAUUACAGGAACGCCUUCAUCUUUGUCGCGGAUCCUCUUUUCCAGGGGAGAAUUUGUUCUGUUGUUCUUGAAUUUUGCUUUGUUUUCAAUCGAGUUCUUCUUGUUUUGCUCUCUUCGGAAAUUUAGGAUCUCGGCGACAUGAGCUUUCAAGAUAUCGAGGCUGGUCGCCCGUUUGCUUCUUCGAGGAGAGACCUCAUCAAUGGCAAACAAGAUCCCACGCAAGCCGUUGCCUCAGGUAUAUUUCAGAUUAAUACUGCCGUUGCUACGUUUCAGAGGCUUGUUAACACCUUAGGUACGCCGAAGGAUACGCCUGAGCUACGCGAGAAGCUGCACAAGACCAGGUUACAUAUUGGACAGUUGGUUAAAGAUACCUCUGCCAAACUUAAACAAGCAAGUGAAAUAGAUCAUCACGCAGAAGUUAAUGCCAGCAAGAAAAUUGCAGAUGCUAAACUUGCAAAAGAUUUUCAAGCAGUGUUGAAAGAAUUUCAGAAGGCUCAACGACUUGCAGCUGAGAGGGAAACAGCAUAUACACCUUUUGUUCCCCAGACUGUUCUACCUUCUAGCUACACAGCAGGCGAAUCAGAUGCAAGCUCAGAAAAGAAUCUUGAACAGCGUGCUCUCCUUGUGGAAUCCAGGAGACAAGAGGUCUUGCUGUUGGACAAUGAAAUCGCCUUCAAUGAGGCAAUAAUUGAGGAAAGAGAGCAAGGUAUUCAUGAAAUCCAGCACCAAAUUGGAGAAGUGAAUGAAAUUUUUAAAGAUCUUGCAGUUUUAGUCCAUGAACAGGGAGCCAUGAUUGAUGAUAUUGGAUCCAACAUAGAGGGCUCCCAUGCUGCAACAUCACAGGGAACAACUCAGCUGGUAAAAGCUUCAAAGACGCAAAGAUCAAAUUCAUCACUGGCUUGCUUACUUUUGGUGAUAUUUGGUAUUAUCCUCCUGAUUGUGAUAAUAAUAGUUGUUGCUUAAAUGAAAGAAGAAGUUGUGCAUUGACACAGGAAACACUUGCUGCUGUUGUAGCAAGAUGAGUGUCCUGUUAGUUUCUUUUGAUAACUGUACUUUGUGGUCGUGGAUCAUCCUGCCUUCUGGGAAAGGGUUGUUGUGGAGGGGCUCUUAUGUAUAAUAAUACUCUAUAUCCUCAGUCAGGUCGGCCAUCCUCUUCUCUUCCAUUUGGAAAUGUUAUAACCUGUUUGUGUGAAGGUGUGUGCAACCUGUUUGUUUUCUUUAUUUCUUUAUUUUUUUUCUUCUUCUUAUUUAAUUAUAUUGAUAAAUUAUUUUUCUUCUCCUCACUUGGCUCCUCUGUACUCUCUGUUGCACACAGAAGCAUUUUACCCCAUUUGCAUGGUGGCUGGUAAAAUGCGAGGGAGAGAGACAGAGCUCUCUCUCACACCCUAUGGUUGGGGGGAUAUGGUUUGUAAUAAAUAAAAGGAUUGGUCGUCUUGUUGGUGCU